AUGAUGAGCAACACAGAAUGCUUCUCUGAAAAAUUAUUAUUGCCUGAUGCUAUUGAAACCCUCGACAAUCUCAGAAAGGAGACGAUGAGUGUUUCUGACCUGUGGAAUACUCUGUCUAGUUUGAAUAGUAAUUUAAAAAAGGAUGAAUUUCUAGCUGCAUUGAAACUAGUGGCAGUUGAUGAAGGUGACAAAGUACAAUUUGAAGAAUUUGCAAAAGUAGUAAGGAAAAUGCGUGAUGCCGCCAGGUUAGAAGAGUUACAGGAAGUUGUCUUAGCUGCUGAUUUGCUUGAAGGUGACAUGAUAGCUGGGAAGAACUUGGAAGACUUUCUAAGAAAUAUUGGGAUUAAGUCACCUAAAGAAGAGGUAGAGAAAAUUCUUCAAUCAGAUUUUGUUUCUGAAGAUAACAUGGUGAACAUUAAAGACUAUAUGAGGGCUUUGAGGGACACCCAGAAAUUUUCCAAUUAUAUUGCAUUGAAUGAGACUAUCAAUACAUUGGAUUCCAUGAAAGAAAAUUGUCAGUUUGACAAAGACAAAAAUCCAGAUGUACUUGAAAACACUGAUAGGCUUUCUUUUACUGAUGACAUACUUCAAGAAGUAAUGGAUGACUCCUUUGUUGAAGAUUUUGGGAAAGAGGCUUCAAAUCUAAAAUUACCAAAGGUAAACGAGAUUAAAGAAGCUGCUAACAUCUUGUCACAUGUUGAUAAUGGGAAGAUUGGUAUACCUGAUUUGGAGCAUGCCUUGAAAUGUUUGAAUGUUAAUUUAACUGAGGAGGACUUCAAUGAAGCCCUUAACUGUUGUAACGUCAGUGAUAAUAUGGAGGUGGAUUUAAAAGAUUUCUUAAUGAAAAUGAAAGAAAGUCCACAUUUCCAAAAGUCCAAGGAAAGUGGCAGGGUUACCAUUCAAGAAUUUAUGACUAAAUUAUCCGAUAUAUUGACAAUUCCUAAAGCUGCAGAAGAUAAAUUUUACAACAACAACAUUCACAAAAAUGAUGUUACAGCCAUUUCUGGUCUCCAGAAAAAUUUAAAUGCCAUGGGAAUCUAUCUGACAGAUGAUAAAAUACAGAACACUUUGGAUAAUACUAAUCCUAAUGAUGAAGUGGUGCAUUUUAAGGAUUUUAUCAGAGAAUUGGCCAACACUGAUGAAUUUAUUGAAUGCCAAAAAAUAGAAGAUGCAUGGAACAUUAUUAAUAGUGUCUGUGAUGGGAAAGUUGAAAUUGAAGACCUUUUAUCCACUUUGAAGAGCCUGGAGAAACCUUUAAAUGAAGAAGAAUUUAAGAUUUUAUCAAACUGUGCAACAGACGAAAGAAAAGUGAUCUUAAAAGAUGUAAUUGAUGUUUUCACUAAUUCACCUAAACCAUCCACACCAUUCAACAAUUUAUUUAAAGAGAUUAGAACUCUUGAUAGUAUCAGAAGUGAUACAAUGCCUGUAAAUGAACUGAGCUCCAAACUCUUGAGUGCCAGAAUUCCAGUAAGCAGCAAAAUGUUCCAAGAGAUCUUGAGACAAGCAUCUGUUGAUGAAAAUAGUAAUGUAAGUCUCAAGAAAAUUUUGGAGAAUUUGAACACAAGUAAGCCAACUUCUAUAUUUGAAGAAAAUGAAAUGGUUGAUGUGAAUGUGGUGAUGGAUGAAGCAAAAGCUUUUACAGGAGAAAAAGUUAAUGUCAGUAAUCUGGGGAAUGAGCUGAGGAAAAUGGGGCUUGUACUCACUGAUGAGGAGCACAAGAAGCUGCUGAAAACUCUGCCAAUUCGCACUAGUGGAAAGGUAUAUAAGAAUAGAUUGCUCAAAGGUGUGAAGGCCCUCAACGGGCCAAGGGUCAAAAUAAAAAAAGUGGAGACUUUUUUGGAAAACAUGGGAACUAAAAUCAAGGAUGAGGAACUUGAGGAACUCAUGACCCAACUACCAACUGAGGGUGAGACAGCAGUUGACCUGAAUGACUUACUGGAUGCUGUCAAUUACAUCAAGGGAGAGGUGAUUGAUGUCCAGAACUUAGACAACUUUCUAGCAAGCGAAGGGAUUGAGCUCACAGAAGGAGAAAUGAAGGAGUUGAUGCCUCAUUUGACAUUUAAUGGAAAUGGAAAGAUUAAUGUUAAUUCAGUAAUGGAGGGCCUGAAGAAGUUUAAACCAAAAGGAAUGGUGACUCUGCAUAAGUUGAAAACUGCAAAUGAUAUUAAAGACAGAGUCACUGGCCACAUGGCAGUUUCAGAAGUUAAACCAAAACUUAAGCUGAAUCCUCUAAUAAAAGUACCCAUCUCCCACAGUAAAAGGGAUAGAGACUUACCAGGAUCUCUUCAAUGCCAAUUACAACACAAAGAAAAGAAGCUAAGUGCUUCACAAAUGGCAGCUUUCCAAGAUGCCUACAACUUCUUCAACAAGGACAAAACUGGCUGUAUUGAUUUCCAUGGACUGAUGUGCACUGUAGCUAAGCUGGGAAUGAAUCUAACCAAGCAUGAUGUCUAUAAUGAAUUGAAAUGUGCUGAUAUUGAUCGAGAUGGGAAGGUGAAUUUCUCAGACUUUAUCAAGGUGCUAACAGAUAAGAAUCUCUUCCUCAAGGCGGUGGUUCCAGAAAAGGAGACCUGUUUAGAUUUAGCUGGCAACCCAGGAAUCCUAUUGUUUGAAAUCCUAUCAAGGCUUCUAGAGACUUCAGCCCUACCCAGAAAGUCUAUAAAAGAAAUAGUAAGCUAUUUCCAAAGAAAAUUCCAGCAUACUUGCCCAGGAAUGUUGUGGAGUCCCUACACUAUGGGCUAUGGAAAAAGGACACUUAAGCCAGACAUAUGCACACCUCCAAGCUCAAGCAUGGCUGCCUUUGCUAAUGCUGCCCGGAUUGCAAUAAUGAAAGAAAAUGAUUUAUUUAAAUUUCUUGAAGAGCUCAAGAGAUGCAAUCCUGGUUCAGAUAGCCCAUAUUCAAAAAUACCCAUCUUUCCAUUGUUACCUAAUGUGGAUGGGGUGGUGAUGGGAAAGCCAUUCAAAGACAUGCAGAAAUUAGAGAUGCUAAGAAGAAAGGAGCCUUUGAAUUUCUUUGAGGAUUAUUUUUUCCAUAAAAGAGACUGGAAAACACAGGUGAAGAGAGCUACUGAUACCUAUAAUUUAGGAAUUGCCCUUGAACACCGGAAAGAAAUGCUCAACCUCUGGCAGAAGAUCCGAGGGGAUUUGAUUGGGAUAGACUCUAGAAAUGAGUCCUUUUAUGACACCUUUUCUACUUAUACGUGGUCCUGGAAUGUUUGCCAAGAAUUACUUUCUCCUAAGGACUUAAGGUUAUAUGAUGCCUAUGUGAAUAGAAAUUCCUCCCAUAACUCCAGAUCCUCUUCCUCAUCAGAUACCAGUGAAUGUGACACAGACUCAGGAAGAAAAAGAAAAUGGAAAGGUUUAAAGGGAUUUCAACAAUGAAAUUUCUACAUUUUCUAAACAGCUCAUCA